AGUACCGUUACGCAAUCACGCUUUACUCGUAUGUUUGUUUCGCGAGGGUUUCGGAUACGGAACGAAAGUCAUUUUGAUUGUGUUUCGAUCUUUUAAAUACUGUUGAAUCUUCUAAAACUAAACAUUUAGAACUUUACCCAAUCUUUGAACUAGUUUUUGAAAAUGAAAAGAGUCAAAGAAAGCGGUGCGGAAUUCCGCAAAAAAAAAAAAAAAAGGCUAAGAAAGAAGCAGAUGCGAAGAAGUCUCAAGGUGCAUUACUGAAAUAUUUUAGUUCCAGUUCUGGUUCGAAAGCCACGUUAACGUCUUCGGUGGCAUCCUGCAGCAGCGGAAGUGAUUCCAGUGUACAAGAAGAAGACGUACCUGCCGUCGCAGUUGGAAGUAGUUCUGGUCCCACCACAGAGCAGGGUCAAGACCAAGUCGACUCAUCAAAAGUACCUCAAGCAUCUAGUCAUAAGCCUGCAGAAAAAGUGAAUGUUGCCAAAGAAGACAUAAUUGAAAUCGUGCCUUCUGCUCCUGCCGAAAUCAAAGAUGUGAAUCUCGACGAUGUAGGUUGCUGGCCUUCUCCUAUGACCGACGAAGUAAGAACGCUUCUAGUACGUCGCGGAUCUGACUCAGUACAGCACAUCGAUUCCAAAUUUGCCGAUGUUGUUCGCUCAGGGACUUCAACGAAAGGCGGUACCCGAAAACUAACCAAAGAGUGGUUCUACAAACCAUUAUCUAACGGUGAAAAGGUUCUCCGAACAUGGAUGGUGUACUCGCCUUUGAAGCAAUCCUUGUAUUGUUUUUCUUGCAAGCUGUUUGGCAAUUCCGGCUCUAACUUCGCAUCUGAAGAAGGAUUCAACAAAUGGUGGAAGCUAAAUCCAAGAAUAGGAGACCAUGAAAAUAGCCUGGGCCAUGAACAGAGCUUCUUGAAAUGGAAGGAGUUGGAAGUUCACCUGAACUGUAAAGCAACCAUCGAUCAGAAACAACAAGAAGUUUUCGAAAGUGAGGAGAAGAAGUGGAGGGAUGUACUGUACAGGUUGCUGAAUAUUAUCCAGUUCUUAGCCAAACAGAAUCUGGCCUUCAGAGGACAUCGAGAAGACAUUCUAGGAGAUGAUAGUGGCAAUCGCGGGAACUUUCUGGAGUUAGUGCACCUCCUAGCUAAAUACGACCCUCUUCUAAUGGAACACCUGACAAAGAUAAAGCUGGGAGCAAGAGUCUCAGUUUCGUAUCUAUCUCCAGAAACCCAGAAUGAAUUUAUAAACUUACUGGGACAGCAAGUUCGAUCCACCAUCAUCCGUCGUAUUCAAGAAGCUAAAUAUUAUUACGUAAUCUUCGACAGUACACCAGACAUCUCCCACAAUGACCAAAUGAGCCAAGUUCUGCGAUACAUACAUAUCGAAGGAGAAAAAGUCGCCGUGGUAGAAUCUUUCAUUGACUUCUUCGAACCAAAAGGAAAAAAUGCAGAAGAUCUCAGCAACGAUAUAAUCGCGAAGAUAACAUCAGACGGACUGGACAUACAGAAUCUGAGAGGACAGGCUUAUGACAAUGCUGACACAAUUUCAGGGAUCCACAAUGGAGUUCAAGCCCGGAUUAAAGCACUGAAUCCGAAAGCUAUAUUCGUUGCAUGCACAAACCACUCACUAAAAUUGGCUGGGGUACACGCUGCUUCUGAAUCAGUGGAUUCCGUGACGUUUUUUGGACCUCUGGAGAAGCUGUUUGCCUUCUUUUCCGCAUCAACUGUUCGAUGGAACGCUUUGGUUGCCGUCACAGGUCAAGCAGUAAAACGAGUCACUGAAACGCGCUGGAGCGCUAGACAUGUAGCUGUCAAGAUGCUUAAAAAUAAGUUUGAGGUAGUUCUUGAGGUACUGGAACAAUUAACAGAUUCAUCUCAAACUUCCGAAACAAGAUCGGGAGCCAUUCUUCUCCUGACAGCCAUGCAGUAAUUUAACUUCCUAACUUUUCUUGGCUUUUGGGCUGCAGUGCUACCUGAAGUAGAUGACGCACAGAUUUACCUGCAGCAACGAGGACUAAGUGUGGAUAAGUGUGCUCAGAAACUCUGCGCUUUGAAAACCUUCUUAGUGGAAAGUAGAGACCGUUUCGUGCAAGAAGCAAUUGACUUUGCUAAGACUCUCUGCGAAAAACUCGGAAUCGAACUCAAAA